AUGGUGCGUGUUGUUGAUAUACUUGUUGUUGAGCCGGCGGAGGCAGAGAAUACGAUGGACGUUGUUGGUACUGCAUUGAGGGAGGCGGUGGUGCGCUACUAUAUUGUUGCUGUGGAGGAACAUUCAGAUAUGGUUGUUGGUAACCUCCUUGUGGUGGUACACGAGAAUGACCAGGUGCUUGUUGAUAGUAUUCUUGUUGAGGUGGUGUAUUAUAUUGUUGAUAUUGCUGUUGUGGUGGUACUUGUUGUUGCGGUGGUACUUGUUGGUAGUGUGGUGAGGGUUGUUGUGGUUGCUGCUGUUGUUGAGGAGGAGGCGGUCUAUAUGAUACCUUAUAUUGCUGUUGUGCUUGUUGAUGAUACUUUCUAUUCAGAUUAUUAUGAUGGGAGUGAUGGCUGGGUUGAGAGCCAUGAUGUUGCAGUUGCAGGUAGGAUUGCUGAGGUGUGGGUUGAGGAGGCAAAUCGUCCAUGUUUAUAUAAAAAAAAAAUUGGAAUAGGUCACUCGACUAAAUGGAUAAACAAAAGGGUCUGUUGA